CGGGUGACGUUUGGCUGCGACGUGUAGUGGUUUCUCGAGGAGACGUGGAUACAGUUCAGAGCUAAAUUCGAGUAGAAAGCUGAAAGUGGUCAUCGUGUCUGGAAGUAAAUUGUUCUCACGGAAUUGCGAUAAUUCCGGACCCUGCAUUUACAUCUGAUUUCCAGAAAAUAACAAACCUUAUUGCAAGACUGAUUUUCGGUAUUCCAGUGAAUUCUACUCAUAAAAAUGCCUGCUCCAGCUAGUUCCACGUCGGUCGGAAGCGGAAGCCGUUCCCCGACGAAACCUUCGUCUGCUCCACGGGCCAGCGGCGCUGGAGGUGCCAGUGGCCUGAAGCAGCGAAAAACCACCACCACGGCAACUGCAGCCCGGAAUCGCACGACCGGAACCGGCUCCGGAGGAAUGUGGCGGUUCUACACCGACGAUUCUCCCGGAAUCAAAGUUGGUCCAGUUCCAGUUCUGGUGAUGUCCCUGCUGUUCAUCGCUUCCGUCUUCAUGCUGCACAUCUGGGGAAAGUACACCCGCUCGUAAGCCAUUCCUGAUGCCGGGAAUACCUUCAUACAGAAGACCGAGGAAUACUCUGCAUUCACUUUUGCGCAUUAUGAAACAUUAUAAGUUUUUCUACCGCCAACCCAUGGACGGUAAAACUGUGGUAAUUUUGCGCGUAUUCUUUUGAUUUUGUGUUUAUUUUGUUCUUAAUUCUUGUCGGAGGAAAGAUAUUCUGUCCUCUUAUUGAGUAAUGGUUGCUGGUAGGUGAUCUACACGAUUUUCAUUCAUAAGUUAUCAACUACUACUAUUACACAAUGUAAUUUGAAUCAUCCCUAUAUAGAUGUCCCUAUUUGUAUGAACAAAAAAUGUAAUAAAGUUAAAAAAAAAAUCA